GUUAAGUGAUAAUACUCUCUCAAUUUCUCUUCAGCUCAGGCACAACUGAAAGAGCAGGUCAGAGCAAAGAGUAACUGGAAAAAUGGAAACUCUUGUUGCAGAUAAGACACAUAUGGGAGAGAGGAGCACUUUGGACCUGACAGAUUCCCAUACAGAGACAAUUAUUAAAAGAAGCACUCUUAGGAAAUAUAAGAUACUCUGUGUUGUUCUUUUCAUUUCUUUGGUCGCUGUAGCCCUUGGACUAGGUUUAGGACUUGGACUGAAGGAUUCUCAGCAACAAGGAGAAACAUCAUGGCUGAAAGAUCAGUGUGUCUCUUCUAGUGCUUCUCAGUGUCCAGAAGGGUUUGAUCGGUCCCCACUUAUUCUUUUUUCAAUGGAUGGCUUUAGGGCUGAAUAUUUGGACUCCUGGGAUUUUUUAAUGCCCAAUAUUAAUAAGCUUAAAACUUGUGGGACUCAUGCCAAGUACAUGAGAGCUGUUUAUCCAACCAAAACCUUUGUAAACCACUACACUAUUGUUACAGGCUUGUAUCCAGAAACCCACGGCAUCAUUGACAAUAAUAUAUAUGAUGUAAAUUUAAAUCAGACUUUCUCACUUUCUGGAAGUAACAUGAGAAAUCCUGCCUGGUGGGGUGGACAACCUAUUUGGCAUACAGCAACCUACCAAGGUUUGAAAGCAGCCACCUACUUUUGGCCUGGAUCUGAAGUAAAAAUAAAUGGAUCUUACCCAACCAUAUACAAAGUUUAUAACAACUCAAUUCCCUUUGAAGCAAGAGUUAUGGAAGUGCUGCAAUGGCUAGAUCUCCCCAGAGCUAAGAGGCCAGAUUUCUUCACAUUGUAUAUUGAGGAACCAGACACAACUGGACAUAAAUAUGGGCCUGUUGGUGUAGAGAUAAUUAAGACUUUACAAACGGCAGAUCGGAUCCUGGGAAUGCUGAUGGAAGGCCUAAAGCAAAGGAAUCUGCACAAUUGUGUCAAUCUGAUCCUUCUGGCUGAUCAUGGCAUGGAGGCAAUAUCCUGUAACCGACUGGAAUACAUGGCUGAUUAUUUUAAUCCAGUUAAUUUUUAUAUGUAUGAAGGUGCAGCACCUCGUAUUCGAUCAAAAAAUGUUCCAAAUGGCUUUUUUUCAUUUGAUUCUGACACAAUUGUUAAAAACCUUACUUGCCAAAAGCCAAAACAACACUUUAAAGCUUACUUGAGCAAAGACCUUCCAAAGAGACUACACUAUGCCAACAACAUUCGUAUCGACAAAGUUAAUCUUAUGAUUGAUCAACAGUGGCUGGCUGUGAGGUAUAAAACUUAUAAUCGUUGUAAUGGUGGUACCCAUGGCUACGACAAUGAAUUUAAAAGUAUGGAGGCUAUCUUUUUAGCAUAUGGGCCAGGCUUUAAGGAAAAAACGGAAGUGGAGUCUUUUGAAAACAUUGAAGUUUAUAACUUAAUGUGUGAUCUCCUGAAAGUUAAACCUGCUCCAAACAAUGGGACACAUGGAAGCUUGAAUCACCUCCUGAAAAAUCCUUUCUACAAUCCCUCCCCAGCAAAAGAACAGUCUUUUCCUCUUUCGUGCCCUUUUGGCCCCGUUCCCAGUCCAGAUGGUUCAGGAUGUCAAUGUAGCUCAAUAAAAGAUUUGGCAACAGUGAAUCAAAGGUUGGAUCUCAAUGAUCAAGCAAAACAUAACUCUGAAGCUCAUAAUUUGCCUUAUGGAAGACCCCUGGUUCUACAAAACAGAAAGUACUGCCUCCUUCACCAGACUAAAUAUGUAAGCGCAUAUAGCCAAGACAUCUUGAUGCCACUAUGGAAUUCAUAUACUGUCAACAAAUCACUGGUUGAGCCAACUUCUGUUCCUCCCAGUGUUUCAGACUGUCUGCGGCUAGAUGUUCGAAUCCCUGCAGCUCAGAGCCAAGCUUGCUCCAACUACCAGGCAGACCUGACUUUCACCCCCGGCUUCCUCUAUCCUCCUGACUUCAGCUCACCUGGCCUUGAAAAGUAUGAUGCUCUAAUUACUAGCAACAUUGUUCCUAUGUACAAAGGAUUUACACGAUUGUGGAAUUACUUCCAUAGUACCCUACUUCCAAAAUAUGCUUCUGAGAGAAAUGGACUAAAUGUCAUCAGUGGGCCUAUUUUUGAUUAUAAUUAUGAUGGGCACUUUGAUUCUUAUGACACAAUCAAACAGUUUGUAAACAAUACAGAGAUUCCCAUUCCAACCCAUUACUUUGUUGUGCUGACUAGCUGUGAGGAUCGAACCAACACUCCACUGAAUUGUCCACCAGGCUCUUUGAAAGUUUUGCCUUUUAUUCUCCCUCAUCGUCCUGACAACUCAGAGAGCUGUGCUGACAAAUCGCCAGACAAUCUGUGGGUUGAAGAAAGAAUGCAGACUCAUACAGCACGUGUUCGUGAUGUGGAGCUCCUUACUGGUCUGAAUUUUUAUUCAGAGCUCAAACAGCCUCUCUCAGAAACUCUUCGACUGAAAAUAUUUCUGCCUAUAUUUAUAAAUUGACUGUACAUUUAGGGCUAUUCCAGAGAAAUGAUUCUUAGCAUCAGUGCUAUUAAUAAUAAUAAAAAACCACAAGUAUUGUACAAGUA